AUGCAGUCAUGGACUGGCAGAGGCAGCCGUUUCCUCUUCUGCGCCUUGCGAUCGUUUACACGACCUACUAAACGGCAAUUUACGACCUCUGACCCUCUAUACCGUUCGAAGCGAAACGCGAAACAUGACGGCGCCGGCUCGGACCAAAAAAGGAUCUCCAAAGCUGCAUCGAAGACCCAGCCAAAAACCACGCGACGACUACUUGCAGCCGAGCGAGAUUUCACCCGACUGACGGAAGCCGCAUUACGCGAUGUCAAAUUCAAAUACGAGGCAACUGGGGAGUUGCCAGCUGCGUGGUCUCAGUUUGAGCGUCAGGUGUUGAAUGCUUGCCAUGUUACGGAAUCCAAAACCACCGCGAAAUGGGGCACUUUGCAGGAUCUGAAAAAGUCACUGCAAAGGGCGUAUCUGUCGACGGGAGUAUCUGGACUACGUGAUGAGCUGGAGUAUCUACUCUAUGCAGAAGACCUCACGAAAACGUACUCGGCACCGAGCUUGGAAGCGCAGCAAAAGCUGGCUGAUCUUCGCUACCCGGCCGAAUGGUAUCCCAACGCGCGCUCCAUGCAGCGAAGCAUCCAUCUUCAUGUCGGUCCCACGAACUCAGGGAAGACCUAUCAUGCAUUGCAGCGACUGAAGUCGUCUAAAUCGGGAUUCUAUGCGGGCCCACUACGAUUGCUUGCGCAAGAGGUUUACCACCGUUUCAAGGACGAUGGCAUUCCCACUAGUCUGGUGACAGGAGAUGAUGUCAAGGCUCCAGAGGACGGACAACCGCCGCGCAUUACGAGCAACACGGUGGAGAUGGUCAGUGUGGGACAGGAGUACGAUGUGGGGGUUAUCGACGAGAUCCAAAUGAUAUCCAAUGCCCAGCGCGGAUGGGCGUGGACACGAGCAGUGUUGGGGACUCAGGCCAAGGAACUGCACCUUUGCGGUGAAACGCGUGCGGUACCUCUGAUCCGCGAGCUAUGUGCACUAACAGGUGAUACGCUGGAAAUCCAUCGCUACGAGAGGCUGAACGGCUUGGAGGUUAUGCAGAAGAGCUUAAAAGGCAACCUCAACAAUCUUCAGAAAGGAGACUGUGUGGUUGCCUUUUCUCGAGUCGGCAUUCAUGCCUUGAAAGCGGAUAUCGAAAAGACAACUGGAAGACGGGCAGCUAUCGUCUACGGAAGCCUGCCGGCCGAAAUUCGAACUCAGCAGGCCAACCUAUUCAAUGACCCACAUAAUGAGUAUGACUUUCUUGUGGCAAGUGACGCCAUUGGUAUGGGACUCAAUUUGAGCUGCAAACGCAUUAUUUUUGAGACCUUGAUCAAAAGACUCCCGGGGGGUCUGCAGCAACUCACAGUACCCGAAAUCAAACAAAUUGGUGGACGAGCGGGUCGAUAUCGACCAGCUGGUGCUAAAGAAGGAUCAGAAGAUGACGAGCCCAACGUUGGUCUCGUCACAUCUCUAGAAGAGGUCGACCUUCCCUACAUCCAACAGGCGAUGGAAAUGGAGCCACCUCCACUCCGGGCUGCUGGACUCCUCCCACCGAACUCCGUGUUCGAGAAAUUCGCCGCUUACUACCCAAAAACGGUCCCUUUCGAAUACCUGAUCAGACGUGUGAUCGAGAUAUCCACCAUUCACCCUCUCUUUUUCUUGUGUGACAUCAAAGGACAGCUUGAAAAUGCCGAAAUUGUCGACAGCACGCACGGAUUGACCAUUUUGGAUCAAUUGACAUUCGUGGCUGCACCCAUGGACCAUAAAAGUGCAUCUGCCCUUAACACCCCGGCCGCAUUUGCCGACUGCGUGGCUGAAAACUCACGGGGAAGAUUGCUGGACAUACCCCAUCUCAACCUCGAGAUCCUCGAGCAACCUGUCUCCGGUAACAAGGACUACUUGCACGAAUUGGAAAAUCUCCACAAAGCUAUCAUACUUUACUCGUGGCUGAGCUUCCGAUUCGGCGGAGUUUUCACAGACCGGACUCUUGCAUCGCAUGUCAAGGAGCUUGUAGAAGAGAGAAUGGUUCGGGCACUGACUGAAUUCUCUGCGAACAAGACACUGCGGAAGGACGCGUCACUGAAACGUCAGAUUGCACUGCAGAAGCAGAUACAUGCGCAACAGAGUAUCGCUUCCGAGGGCUUGUCGCAUCCCUCAGGCGAAGGCGAAAUGAUGUGGUACGGCUUAGGUGAGGAGAAAUCCCAAGAAACCACGGCCGAUGGAACCCCUGAGGCGGGAAUUGAGGGGUCCCCUGAGGAGGAGAUAGAUACAGACUCGGACCUCACUGAUGAAGGCUUCCAAGAAAGCGUGGAACGAGAAGACCUCGAAUUGGAGGAAAAGGAUCACACCCAAUGA